UUUCUGCCUGGGCCGCCGGCGUCGGGGGCUACGCCGGGGUACCGCGGUGGGUAAUCCGGGCGCGGGGCCGCGAGGCUGCCAGGGAUGGAAGAGGGCCGUGCAGAGAGGCGACGGAGGACGGAAGCGCCUUCGUGCACGCAGGGCGGCGCGCGGAGAGCGGGCAUCAUGACCGACGUCCACCGGCGGUUCCUCCAGCUGCUGAUGACUCAUGGGGUGCUGGAGGAGCGGGGCGUGAGACGCCUGCAGAAGCACUGCUAUCGGGUCCAUGGCCGAAGCCUGAUACAGGCCUUUCUCCUGCAGUGUUGUUUCAUUGGUUUCAUUGUCGUUUCUAAGGUCUUCACUGCCGCCCGCUGUCCCCGGGCCCAGCACGUGGGGCCUGGCAUGGGAGCGUUCGGCACUGCCGCCGUGGAGGAGCUGGAGGACUUCAUCAACAACAUUAACAGCGUCUUGGAGUCGUUGUAUAUUGAGAUUAAGAAAGGGGCCACCGAGGACGACGGGAGACCCGUUUACGCGCUGGUGAAUCUUGCAACGACUCCGGUUUCCAAAAUGGCCUCGGAUUUUGCAGAGAACGAGCUGGAUCUGUUUAGAAAGGCUUUGGAACUGAUUAUUGAUUCGGAGACUGGCUUUGCGUCCUCCACAAAUAUUUUGAACCUGGUCGAUCAACUUAAAGGCAAGAAGAUGAGGAAGAAGGAAGCAGAGCAGGUGCUGCAGAAGUUUGUACAAAACAAAUGGCUGAUCGAGAAAGAAGGGGAGUUCACGCUGCACAGCCGGGCCAUCCUCGAGAUGGAGCAGUACAUCCGGGAGACGUACCCCGACGCCGUGAAGACCUGCAACAUCUGCCACGGCCUCCUCAUCCAGGGGCAAAGCUGCGAGACCUGCGGCAUCAGGAUGCACCUGCCGUGCGUCGCCAAGUAUUUCCAGUCCGCCCCGGAGCCGCGCUGCCCCCACUGUAACGACUACUGGCCCCACGAGAUACCAGAAGUCUUCAACCCCGACAAGGAGCGGGAGGCCGGGACCUCCAAGGCGAACAAAAAGCCCUCGCGGUCCAGGCAGCACUAGCUGGCAGGCCCUGUUCGGAAGAGAAGCGUCAGCGUCUCCCGUCGCACCGAGUCCCCUGGCUGCUUCGUGUUCGCUCGUUAGCAGGUCUGGAAUAAAAGUUGCUAAGGA